GAGCCCUUCCUUCCCCCGCUGCCUGCGGGGACCCGGCGGCGCUGCCGCUCUGCCCAGCACCGCGAGGAGAGCCGGCCCUGCCCGGGACAGCAGCGGCACAGGGGGAAAGUGAGCUGGGCUGAAAGGAUGCUGUCCUGACUCCGGCCAAAAGCUGCGGCAUGCUCCCGGGGGAAUCGCCAAGCUCGUGGUCUGAAGCAGGGACUGCUGCCUGCUCUGAAAGGAAGUCGACUUUUUGACCGUUCCUAAUGAGAAACUCAGAACUCCAUACUCCUUAAGCCCUGAAUUAGGAGAGAAGAGAUCCCCCAGAGGUUUGGCAAAGCGGGGAACAACCUUCCCCAGCUCACCCAAGGAUAAACCACCUGCUGUGGGAGAGAGAAGCUGGCAGAAAGCUGAUUGCUCAGUCUGUCUGGAGAAACCAACACUUGCAAGGACCAAAGCUGUGCAAACCCUCGCAGCUCAGCUUGAGAGCAGGACCAAAGCUUUUCACCAUCCAAAGGAGGUGACCUACCAAAAGGAGACCCAAAGCAUUUUUAGGAUGGAAUAAAAGCCAGAAGGAAGUGUAAAUCACAAGUGUGAUGCUCGUUGUCAUUAUGACAGCAAUGUGCAAAAUGGUUUGCAAAGGCCUGUCCCUCGCAGUUUGCUCCGCGGUGUGAGCAGCAGCCUUGAGGAUGGAGCAUCUCUUGCUGAAGCCACCGUGCCAUCUGUGCUAAGUUUCCCCUCCUGACCUCCUUUGUGAGUCUGGUGAGGGGAGGCAGGAGAUCCGAAGGUAAAUGCGGAAAAUGGACCAAAGCUGACAGAGAGCAAUGACUGAGAUCUAUUUCAAGUUCCACGGAAACCUGACGGGCCGUGUCCACCUUCCAACUCUGGCUACUGAAGUAGACACAACAGCAGACAAAUAUUCCGGCCUCUACGUGUAUGUGGGAUUGUUCCUCACCCUCCUGGCUCUCCUCCUGAUCCUGCUUUUCUCCAUGCUCCUGCGCCUGAAGCACGUUGUGUCCCCCAUCACCUCCCCGGAGAGCACCGAGAACGUGCAGCAGUUCACGGACGUGGAAAUGCACAGCAGGAUCCCCUCCACUUAGGGAGCCCACAGCAAAGAGGGCUCCGUGCUUGGCAAAGGUGUUUUCUUCAGCAAAAGGUGGUGGAGAGAAGCUCUGGCCGCCUGUUGAGCCCCACGAAUUCCUGCAGAACCCUCAGCAGCAUCUGGAGAUUGUCACUGGCUGUUGGCACCACAGGCAGCAUGUGUGCAGCAGCCUCCAUAAAAUCGACAUUACAGAAACACGCUGCUGUCAGGGAAGGCUCACACCCCUCUAAAAACCUUGCAGGAAAUGGGAAAAGCCACAUUAAUGACAGCCAAAAACCCAGAGAAACAUAGCAGGAUGUGUCCUGGGGCCUGUGCUUGCUGCCCUGUCUGAAUCAACAAAGCUGAAGUGGUGUAAGUGGGAAGAACCCACGGGUUGUCAGUGGCUUGAAAAUUCUCAGGCAUUUCCCCCAUUCGAGAAGGAAAACAUGAAAUUGUUCUCUUUUUUCACUUGAAUGGCAAUUUGGAAAUUAAACAACAGAUUUUCACAAAUAUAGAAAUGUUUCAUCACCCGUUGGAACUCCUUCUUUCUGACAUUAGAAGCCAUUUAGUGAAUAGUUACACACCAGAUAUCAAAAAGAGACAGAACUUUAAAGAGGAAAGAGAAUAAAGCCAAAAUUUAAGGAAGGUUUAAAAUAAAAACAAGCAGCAGCAGCAGGAAAUGAAAUUAAAAAACUUAAAAGACACUCUACCUCUUCCUUUGUCCUCCUUUACAUUAACUGGGAUGAAUAUAAACAUUUUUAUGCCUUUUAGGGUCCCCAGUAUCACUCAGUAAUUAAAAUGCAGUGUAAGUUUUGGGAGCCCAAUUGACAUAAUUCAUAACAACAAUAAUAUGUUCUCUCAUAUCCAUAUUGGGUUUUCUUCCUCAAAAGACAGACAAAUUCUUCCAAAGUUUUUCUCAUUUGUUUUCCUCCAAGGAAAGCUGAGGAAAUGCCCUGGCCUGGCACUGCAAUAAGGAAUAGUGGGAACAGCUUUGGACACAGACUAAUAGAGAACAUGCAGAUGGAAAAUAAACCCACUGAGCACUGAAAGAUAUGAUUGGAUUCAAAUAUCCUGAUGGAAUCUCACGGGGGAAGGAAAUGUUUAUCUGAAUUUAUGGCACAACAAUCUGACCCAGUCCAAUGAGUGACACACAGAGUUAGGGUUUGCUUCUGUGGAUGGAAAAGAUGGAGCCAAAUACAGCAAAUCACUCCUGGGAGAGCCACUGCCUCUCACAGGAAAACCUUCAGUGAAUUGUGUCAGCCACAUCUCUAAAGGGCAGGAAUUUUACACAGCUAAUACUCUUUAUUACAGUCUAGGUCAGCAAUAAAACCCCCUGGAUGUUUUCCACAUGUACAUACACUCUUAUUUGCCAAUUCUCCUCUCUCCAAGGGCUUGGAAAGUGUAAAGUCCUCACACAAACCCAGUGCAAAAUUAGAGAAGACAGCAUCACAUGGACCUGUGACAGCAGCAGGAAAUUUUUCUUCAAAUGCUCUGUGUACAAGAGGGUUUUUGGUUACCUUUAAAGCUCUGGGUGAGCUGUUUGGAUGGGAAUAUCUGGGCUUUUACAGGUGGUAGCCAGGGGGGAAGCAGAAUGACAAGUAACAUACGCAGAAUCCAUGGGCAGGACCAGUGCUACUUCUGACUGAUGUAUUGAGUACAAAACCAGUUAAACAUUGCUUCUCUGUACUGACUCAUUCCUUUUUACUUCAUUAACCCCCACAUCUGUGAAUCACAGAAUCCCAGAAUGGUUUGGGUUAGAAAGGACCUUAAAGACCAUUUUGUUCCACCCCCUGCCAUGGGCAGGGACACCUUCCCCUAUCCCAGGUUCUCCAAGCCCCGUCCAACCUGGCUUGGGACAGUGAACCAGAACAGUGAUUGUGUGAGGGAAUACAGCAAAAAAUUCACUCUCAGCAGAGUCUCUCUGUGCCAUGCUUGGCUGUGUUUCCCUGGAAAAAGGGCAGGAUUCAGGUUAUCCUCCAUGGGGACAGCACCAGGCAGGAUGGUGGCUUCACACUGCAUCCAGAGAUUGGCUCCUCGACUCUCAGUACUGCACAAGAGACAAAAUUUUGUGUGAUGAUCAGGGUAUUAAUCCAACUAAGACAGAUGGCUACUGAGUUAGUCAAUGACAUUUAAAAUUAACGAAAAUCUAGCUGCUCAAAUUGGUUUGGUAUGUGUCAUUCAUGAGGCAGCCUAGCCCAGGCUCAGCAUGUGAUUUACCCUGGAAAACUCCAUUCAAAAGCUACAACUUACCUAGACCAGGAAUGUUCUAACAUACUAAAUCAGCAACUAAACCACAUUGGCUUCCCAGCACAACUAUCUGCAGAAAAGCUUUGUGUCCAAGAGUCUGCAGGACAGACUAAACUUUCAUUGCAGAUUUUUAUUGAUAUAAAAUAUCAGACCUACCAAUGGAAAAUGACAGUAUCAAAUUCUGAGUCCUCUGAUCUCAGCCAAAAUGGUCCCUGAGGUACCUGUCAGGAAGGACUGAGCUUCUUUCCAUCACACCAAGGAAUGUUAAUUCAGAAGAUUCUCACAACACUUUAAGACUUAUUCGUUAUCCUUUAAAUAAAUGAGUAAUCUGUAUGUCAGACAGUAUCUUGGGGCAGACUGGGGAUUUUUAUAUAGUACUCUUAUGGAAGUGAGACCUAUCUUCUCACACAAAAAUGACAGGUUUUCCUUUCUAAAGCUUUAUUUCAUAUAAAGUCUCUGUCCCAUUUGACACAUCUACAGCUCCAGUGGCACUCAGGGUGCCUCAUUCUUCUGUACAAUGCUGGUAUAUUUUAAAGCCUUUCCCACUGAGAAGAAUGCCUUUCCCCUCUUCUCAUUACCAUUUCUCAGGCCUGAGGGAUGUGUCUGGGAAAAGAGACUGUUGGGAUGUGUUGGAUGUGUUUGGUGAAUGGCCUCUAGUGGAGUUUGGCAUCCUUUGGCUUUAAGAAGUGGUUGUUGGAACUUUUGCACAGUUUUGCUGAUUCUUGGAGCACUGCAGGUCUCACAGCCAUGCCCUGCCCCUCCUGCAGGCUGUUCCCUUCCCACUUGUCCAUCUGCUACAGAAAAUGGGGUUUUUUCCACAUAAAUAAAGAGGCAGAGUGGUACCAAUGGUGAGUCAGUGACUGCUCUGUGCGUUCCCAGCCGUGGGUCUGAAGGACCAGCUCACCAAAAGGCUCAGGUGGUGCCACUAUUCCAAACCAACUGCUGGCCACGGGGAGUGUCUGGGCAAGAAAACCCUCCACCAGCCUGUGUAUUACUUGAACCAGCACGGUUUGCCCCCAUCCUUACUCCCAUCAGACACUAGAAACAAUCUGAGUAUUGAGUAAAUUCCUCACCUCCUCCGUGCCACCUGUUGUUCUGAUGGAGCAGAAAACGCCCGAGCAUCACCGCCCCUGGAGGGAGGAGCUGUGAGGCCAGAGCCAGCCUCCUCUCCCCAAAAAACCACCAGUGCUCCCAAAUCCCCCAGGGUUCCUCGUCUGGGAGCUGUCAGGAGUAUGGUGGCACUCCCUGUGAAAAACGAGGUUCACAUAUUU